AAUGAAAUCUUUGGCAUCGUUUUAUCUAUUGUUGGAAGUUUUCUAAUAAGUAUAUCCCUUAAUCUGCAGAAAUACACACAUAUACGAUUAGCCCAACAGGAGAAUCCGAUCCCAUAUUACAGAAGCAAGCUGUGGUGGUGUGGAAUCUUACUCAUGGGAAUUGGUGAACUCGGCAACUUUGCUGCUUAUGGCUUUGCCCCAGCAACACUCAUCGCUCCCUUAGGAUGUGUCGCUGUUAUAGGAAGUGCAGCGAUCUCUGUUGUGUUCUUAAAGGAAUCGUUGAGGGCCUCUGAUGUAAUA